UCAUUUUGUUUCAUUUAAAAAAAUGUGGAGUUCUGUGAAAAUUCUUUGUCUUUAUGGCUUCAUAGCUAUUUGGACUCAACCUGGAGAAACUACGAGCUCUAGAAUCGUUAAUGGAUAUUCUAUCAAGAUCGAAAAGCGGCCGUUCAUGGUUUCAUUACAUCACGGAGUAACCGGAUUUUUAUGUGGUGGAAGUAUUCUCAAUCAAUAUUGGGUCUUGACUGCUUAUCAUUGCAUGCCAGAAGGUGCGGAUCCUCAAGAUUACUAUGUCCGAGCUGGAUCCACGUAUCUUCAUGAAGGUGGUUCCGUUCGUUGGUUAAAGAAGGCCGUUUAUUUCGAGAAUACUGAGGUGUUUCCUUAUGACAACAUUCCAAAAAAUGAUCUUCUCCUUCUCCGACUCAGCCGUAAACUCAAACUUUCGGAACGUAUCAAGCCAAUCAAUUUGCCUCGUGCGAAUGAGCAAUCUCCGAAUAAACUUUGGGUGUCCGGGUGGGGAAAAACCAAUACAAAAGAAAUUUCAUUAACUUUACGAAUAGCGAAGGUGUACUAUGUCUCCUACGAUGAAUGUCUGCAAAGUGCUGACUGGUAUUCUGAAGCAAUUUCCAACAUAACGCACCUCUGCUAUUUUCGCAAGAGCUACGAUGCUUGCCAAGGGGACUCAGGAGGUCCCCUAGCAACUGAUACAACGAUUUACGGAAUUGUUUCUUUUGGAGAUGGGUGUGGAACAUCUCCCGGAGUGUAUACCAAGGUUAUUCAUUAUAGAAACUGGAUUAAGAAAGUCAUCAAGCGCAGAAGGAGGAAGGCUAAACGAAAUACCAAUCAAAUGAGAUUAAAAUUUGUUAUGAAAAUGUAUUAAACCUAUAUGCUCAGUGGUAGUGACUCAACUGUGUAUUCUUGCCUCAUGUCAGAGUUAUAAUUGCGAACUCAUGACUAAGAGAUGGAUUAAUUAAUUGCUUGUCUAAACAAUCUGAACGUAUGAUGGUGAUGAUGGAAGAUAUUUUAUCUGAAUCACAGAGCGACCCAAAACAUGAGUGCGAAAUAAUGUUCGAAGAACUUUAAGAGCGGUGGUGAUCCAUAAUUCUUAUCUUGACAUUAUACAAAAUUAAUAUGGCAAAUCCAAAUAAAAAUUUCUUCUUAGUUCAACAGCAUUUCAACUCAGAU